AUGCCUGGCUCUCACUUCUCUGACAUGGCCGACCAAGAGUCCAACGGCCUUUAUGGUCUUCAAGAUCCGAAUCUGGGCUUUGUUGACGAUGGCUCGGUCGUGAAAUCCGACCCCUCCUCAACCUCCCUGCCCAACGAUUCCUCCCGCCCCCAGACCCAGCAGCAAUACUACGGCGCUGCAUGGCAGUUCACCGGCACGCCCCCUUACGACUCGUACGAUCCAUCCAGCAGUGCUCCUCCAGCUCAAAGCAACUACCAGACCUCUUGGAAUUUCAACCUUGGUGAUCAGCAGAACCCUCAACAACUGCCAGUCUCUACCGGAAUUGACAGCCUUGCGGCAACCACCUUCAGCCCCGAAUCCAUCUACGCCGCUUCUGAUCCUUCCCUCGGCCAAGGAAAUUUCCCAGAGAAUCUCGCUCUUCAGCCCCCAAUUAUUAGCCAUCUUACUCCUGCGCUGCAGGAGAAGCUACGCAACAUCGCCAUGCCGCCUCAUCUCCAAUACCACUCUCCGAAGAGCGCCUCCAGCCCCGACUCAGCAAACGGCGAGCUUAUCAGGAGAGGACUCCUCUCAUCGCCGGACCCUGCCGAUGGAUCUUCGAAAGCGUCCCGAAAGCGCAAGUCUUCUGCCGACCCUGAGGAUGACGAGGAGGAGGAUGAUGAUGGCGACCAACCGGUGAAGAAGACCGCUCACAAUAUGAUUGAGAAGCGAUACCGAACCAACCUGAACGACAAGAUCGCCGCCUUGAGGGACAGUGUUCCCAGUCUCCGUAUUAUGACCAAAAGUGCCCGUGGCGAGGAUACGACUGAGGAUCGUGAAGAGCUUCAUGGUUUGACUCCGGCUCACAAGUUAAACAAGGCCACCGUUUUGAGUAAAGCGACAGAGUAUAUUCGACAUCUUGAGAAGCGAAAUAACCGACUACUUGAUGAAAAUGGUGCCAUGCAAGCCCGAAUUGCUGCUUUUGAAAAGUUGUUUAUGGCUGGUGCUAUGAAUGGAGCCAUUAGCCCUCUUCAGCAACCGCCCACACCUAUUCAGUAUGCCCAGGAUUCUCAACAAUUCGGAAACCCGUCCAUGCCAUCACAAGAGGGUAAUGCGCAGCCUGGUGGUAUGAUUCAAGUCCCUGACGAUAUGAAGAGGAUUAUUUCAGCACAAAUGGCUGCUGGUCAACCAUAUCCUGUCCCCCAACAACAAUACAGAGGCGGCAACCCUGCGCUCAUCAGACAACAGCAAAUUCAGCAACAGCAGCAGAUGCAACAAAAUAGAUGGAAUAAUGCCGGCCCUUACUUCGGUAAACUUAUGGUUGGCUCACUGGCUGGUCUUAUGAUCUUGGAGGCGGUUCGUGAAGAUGAAAUCAGUAAUGAGAAGCCAGAAGGCCGUGGCCUAUAUGCUGUGCCUUUGCAACUUCUCAAAGCUGCGUCGUCAAGCCUUGACCUAAACGUUGGGGGCUACCAUCUCCAUACAUCGCUUCGAGUUAUUCUUUUGCUUGGAACAUUCCUUUGGGUGUUUGUUCCUUCACUUUUCUCGCAAACUCAACAGAAGCCGAAGAAGCCCGAAGCUGGCGUCCUCCAGGCUGCACCAUCACUUGCUUCCCCGAUUCAUGUUCGUCGACAGGCUUGGCUCACUGCUAUCCAGACUGUCUGGGUCCCCCGUCACAAUUUCUUCCUUGAGGCUGCAGCCCUUAUUCUGAAGACUCUCAAACUCAGCCUUCGCAACGCAAUUGGAAUCCACGGUUAUCAGGCCAUUACUGGUUUAACACAAGAGCAGGAGACUGCCCGAGUUCAGGCCUGGAGCAUUGCUCUUGACUCGCAGUUGGCUGGCGGUGAUGUCGAGAUCAACAAGAGCCGCCUUGUUCUCACUUUCCUUGCUUCUGGUACUCUUCCUGACACACCCGCGAGACUCAUGCUCAAGGCACUCCACAUCCGUGUUCUUCUCUGGGAUCUUAGCCAAAACCGACUGCACCUCGGAGCAAGCAACAUCAUCGCUGCUAAGCUUGCUCGAGCCAAAUGGAACGAGGCCCGCCAACUGAAUCGUCUCCUCACUCAACUCCACCGCGAAUCUACCGAACAGCAUGACGACGACCUGCCCGAUCAUCUCGCCAUGUUGGUUGAGCAAGACUGUGACGAAGUUCUCAAUGAUGAUGUCAUUCAACGCGCACACAAUCUUGCCUUCAAUGCCGAUACCGAUCACAAUGUUGCCGCUCCUAUGGACGGCAUGGACGCUGUCGUCGACGAUACCUCCAUUGGAUCCCCCCUCGAUGCUGUUGCUGCUUGGUGGUCAACUCAAACCCUGCACCGAACCUUGGUCGCCACGAUGGAAAAGGAUGAGGAGGCCCUGAGCACCAAGGUCGAAGACAUCGAACUCGCUAUCAAGACCGCACCUAUUGGAUCUACCGCUCAGGCUCGAGCCAUCGUGGCACGCGCUGUUCUUGUUGACGAGGCCCGUGGCGCUAACAUCGCCUCUGCCUUGCAGUCAAUGGGUAACGAAAAGGUUGACGCUCUUCUGAGCACUUCUAUCUGUGUUGUUGAUUCUAGCUUCCAAGCCUCUACUUCCGAUUUCCGACUGGCCCUUCGCUGUGCCAUGGCAAUUGCUCAUCUCCGACGCGUCGAAUGCACCCCUGGCAGCACCCACCGGGGUCUGCGAAUGAUCGAGUCAAUCAUGACACGCGGUAAUGCCUCACAAAUGUCUCUCCUCGGAUGCACCGCAGCUCUCGAGCUCAUGGAGGAGCUUUACGAGCACAAGGCUGCUGCCGAGACCUUCCGCUCCUCUCUCGAACGACUGUCUGGUAGCCUUCGUCUAUGGAUAGGCGGUGCUCCAGGUGAGAAGUGUGGUGUUGCCUCGGACGUGCGAGAAAAGGUUGUAAACCGGUGCCUGACUAUCACCAAGAGUAUGGUGGGAAUGGAUUCAGACACUGGCUACGGAAGCCUUGACGAAUGUGAAGACGAUGGAUGUUAG